AUGGCUUCUCAACCCUCCGCUUCUGGGCGCUCGCGGCCCCAGUCCGAUGCUAUGAGCCAGUGGGCCGUUGGUUCCAAGAUCGGCAAGGGCAGCUUCGCCUCUGUCUACGUUGGUACUCACAAGGCUUCCGGCGCCGCUGUCGCUAUCAAAUCCGUCGAACUUGGGAAGCUCAAGGGCAAGGUGAAGGACAACCUCUACUCUGAGAUCAAGAUCCUCGAGAAGCUUCGUCAUCCUCACAUCGUCGCCCUCCACGAAUGCGUCGAGACACCAACUCACAUCAACCUGAUGAUGGAAUACUGCCUUCUCGGCGACCUGUCGCUUUUCAUCAAGAAGAGGGACCUGCUUUCAACAAAUCCAGCUACCCACGAUAUGGCGCGGAAAUACCCAAACACGCCCAACGCUGGCCUGAACGAGGUCAUCAUCCGUCAUUUUCUCAAACAGCUAGCGAGUGCGCUCGAGUUCUUGAGGAGUCUGAAUCUGGUCCAUCGAGACGUGAAACCUCAGAACCUGCUCCUUCUACCAUCCGUCGAUUUCCGAGAGAGCAACAGAGAAGUGCCACAGAUCCUCAGUGCAAGCCAGGACAGCCUCAUACCUGCGGUUGGACUGCGAUCUCUGCCCAUGCUGAAGCUCGCCGACUUCGGAUUCGCCCGCGUGCUACCCUCCACAUCGCUCGCCGAAACGCUCUGCGGUUCACCGCUUUAUAUGGCCCCUGAGAUCUUGCGUUACGAACGCUAUGAUGCCAAGGCUGAUCUGUGGUCCGUCGGAACAGUUCUAUACGAGAUGGCGGCGGGCAGGCCGCCCUUCCGUGCAAGCAACCAUGUCGAGCUAUUACGAAAGAUAGAGGCUUCAAACGACUCGAUCAAGUUCCCAAGGGAAAGCAAUCUUUCGUCCGACAUGAAACUUCUCAUCCGUGCACUCCUCAAGAGGAAUCCUGUUGAGCGGAUUUCUUUUGAGAACUUCUUUUCACAUCCCGUCGUCGUAAGUGAAAUACCUGGGCUUGUCGAGGAUGACAUACCCAAGCCAGUCGAGCCGAGAAGGCUGCAGGAUGCUAGGGCCACCGUCAAGACAGAUGAGCCGGUGGCAGCUCCUCGACGACUGUCGAUACGACGCUACGGUACAGAUCAAGACCAAGGAAGAGCCGAGGGCGUUUCGUCUCCGAUCGAAAAGCCAUAUAGACGGUCACCACUCGGUACUCCCACUGAAGCGGAAGACAAGUUCGGCCCUGCUUCCCCUCGUCUCAGCUAUUCCCCCCGACAAGACACAGGAGAGGGUCUCGGCAUACGGCGACCCCAACCCGUGCCGUCAUCUUCCGCUCCGACAAGACCGGCCAUAAACGAAGCGCGUCGACGCGCUCUAUCUAAUGCAUCAGCCACUAAACUCGCCCGCGAUGCCGCACCAGCAGGAGCUGCGAGAGAACUUCCACGAAGUCGAGGAAAGACUCCCUUCGACGAGCAGGAGAAAGCUCGUCAGGAGAUUGCGUUUGAGCGUGAUUAUGUACUCGUGGACAAGAAUCAGGUCGCGGUCAAUGCUCUGGCCGAUGAACUGGCGGCCAAUGGACGUAUGGUGCAUGCACAGGGGCUCUCACCCAAGGCCGGACAAAUGGUGCGGCGGACAACAACGCAGGGUGCCCCAGAUUCUACGACUGGUGCCGUGGCACCAUCACCUUCUCGAGCCAUGCAGAUCGCCCAGGGAAGACAGCGGCCCAAUACUCAUGAGCGUCAGUCUUCUCUGAGCGCAAGCCCCGGCUCUACCACGUCCUUCAUAUCUAAAGCCAUCCAAGACGCAAGUCUGCGACUUCUCGGUAUCAAGUAUCCACCCGGCCUUGGUAAAGGCGCCUCUCCACCUCAACUUUACAGUGCGUUUCCUGCUUAUCCCACACCGUCAGCUCCUGUGGGCUUGAUUGGCGAUGGGAAGCAAAGUGCGCCUUACGAUGAGGACUCUCGGGUUGCUCAGUGUAUCGAGGACUACGCCACACGGAGUGAUGUUGUCUAUGGUUUUGCUGAGGUGAAAUAUAAGCAGCUUGUGCCACUAACGCCAUCAACGAACCAUGGUCUUGGUGGUGUACCGGCAGACCAGGCCUCUUCUGAGGAUGAUGACAUACUUACUACAGACGCGGUGGUGGCGCUUUCAGAAGAAGCCCUGGUGCUUUACGUCAAGGCUCUAUCUCUUCUUGCCAAGUCAAUGGACAUUGCCAGUCUGUGGUGGUCAAGGAGAACACGAGCGGAAUCCUCAAGUGGUCCAGCAUCCGCCCGAGACCCCAACAAUAUCCAAGUCGUCAUUACCAGAAUCAACUCGGCUGUGCAGUGGGUCCGGUCGCGAUUCAACGAAGUCUUGGAAAAGGCCGAAGUUGUGCGAUUAAAGCUCAUCGAUGCACAGAAAACACUGCCAGAGGAUCACCCCAGCCAUCCCAGCAACCAUCCGAUGGACCCCGCAUCAACGAGCGGAUCGACCGUGGACGGUGUGGUUAUUACGCCUGGGAUCAGUGCUGAAAAGCUUAUGUACGAUCGUGCCGUGGAGAUGAGCCGCAAGGCAGCGAUCGACGAAAUCUCCAAUGAAGACCUUGCGGGCUGCGAGAUCUCCUAUGUUACAGCGGUUCGUAUGCUGGAGGCCGUGAUAGAUAAUGACGAAGAUCUUCCUAAGAGGCGGAUUUCCGGGUCUACCAAAGAGGAGCGUGUGACAAAAGAGGAUCUUGCCUCCGACAUCAACACGGACGAUCAACAAGCUGUCCAAAAGUUGAUCACCAUGAUCACAGGUCGGCUUGCCUCUGUUCGCAAGAAGAUGCGGAUGAUUGCGAGUGCCACAAAGCUCCAGCAACAACAGCAACAAGAUCUCGUCCGACGUCGCAGUGGUGAUGUGACACCUAGAAGCGUGCCUUCCCAUACUUCAUAA